CAAAAACCCUCUUAAAACCCUCACUCCUAUACCCCUUUUACUCGCUCUCUAUCACCAUUUCCAUUUCCACACUUUCUCUCUCCUCUAGGGUUUUCUCCAAACCCUCAUCAAUGGCGGCUCCUCGAAUCCUCUCUGUCUCUCGCACUCUCUUCACCACCACCACCAAACAAACCCUAGCUUCGUUCCUUCUCUCGCGCCCUUUCUCCGCUGCAACAACCACCUCCUCCGCCCUCUCGCGCGCACAUUUCUCUCUCCUCCGCGCCUCCUCUAUCGCACUGUGCGGCGCCUCUCUGUCACCAGCUUCUUCGUCAGGCGCUUUCCGAACUUUCGCGACUCGUCAAUCGCAAACUUCUCUCAGUGAUAAUAACUCGAAUUGGUCGAAUCGUCCUCCUAAGGAGACUAUAUUGCUUGAUGGCUGUGAUUUUGAGCAUUGGCUUGUUGUUACUGAGCCUCCCGCUGAAAAUGCCACGCGAGAUGAUAUUAUUGACACUUACAUCAAAACUCUCGCGCAAAUCGUUGGGAGUGAGGAGGAAGCAAGGAUGAAGAUAUACUCUGUCUCUACUAAACAUUACUUUGCAUUUGGAGCCUUGGUGUCUGAGGAGCUAUCUUACAAGCUUAAAGAGUUGCCAAAUGUUCGUUGGGUCCUUCCUGACUCAUACUUGGAUGUUAAAAACAAAGAUUAUGGGGGGGAACCAUUUAUCAAUGGCCAAGCUGUUCCGUAUGAUCCCAUAUACCAUGAGGAAUGGGUAAGGAACAAUGCAAAGGCACAGGACCGAAACAGGCGAAAUGACAGACCAAGGAAUGCAGAUCGUUCUAGGAACUUUGACAGGAGACAAGGAAGGCCAGGAGGCAACAUGGGAGGUCCAGGUGGCAACAUGGGAGGUCCUGGAGGGAACAUGGGAGGUCCUGGAGGGAACAUGGGAGGUCCUGGAGGGAACAUGGGAGGUCCGGGAGGGAACAUGGGUGGUCCGGGAGGCAACAUGGGUGGUCCGGGAGGCAACAUGGGUGGUCCUCCAAACAGAGGUGGUCCACCAAACGCAGGGGGUAUGCCCAACUACCCUGGUGGUGCACCACCUAACAUGCCACCCAACAAUGCUGGAUAUGCACCUAACAUGCCACCCAACAAUGCUGGAUAUGCUCAGAAUAUGCCACCCAACAAUGCAGGUUAUGGACAGAAUAUGCCACCCAACAAUGCAGGCUAUGGACAGAACAUGUCACAAAAUAUUCCCUCAAAUAGCGGGGGUAUGCCUCCUGCCAACUAUGGGGGUCAAGGAAAUCCUGGAUAUGCAAGCAACACAACGCCAAAUUAUCAACAAGGUGGUGGGAUGCCUUAUCAGAAUACGCAAAUGAGUAAUCAAAACUAUGUUCCACAGAAUAGCAAUAUGGGAGGCCAGCCUGGUGGUGCCUAUCAGCCUCAGGAUGUGCCUGGAAGAGAUAAGCCGAACUAUUAGUGAUGCUGUUGUAGAUAAUUUACUGAUGUCUUUUUGAAUUGCCUAGAAUGUUAUGUUACAAUCUGAGUUGUUGCUUUGGAGGUACAGUUGCAGUCCUCUUCCUCCUGAGUUAAUCUCAGGCACUGAACUAUAAAAUGUAUGGGUGGUGACGCAAUAUUUUGAAGCGAUCGUUAAUCAUUCAUGGUGUUGAUGCUAUUCACCUGCACUUUGGUGAUUUAAUAGGAAUCUGCCAAGUUAAUCA